AUGGUGUCUAUUGACCUAGAGAAAGCUUAUGACAAGGUUCUGAGGGAGGUUCUUUGGAGGUAUUUGGAGGUUAGAGGUAUGCCCAUAGCUUAUACUAGGGUGAUCCAGGAUAUGUAUGAUGGCGUUAGGACCCGGGUUAGAAUAAUGGGAGGGGACUCGGAACACUUCCCUAUCGGGAUGGGCUUGCAUCAGGGAUCCGCGCUUAGCCCAUUUUUAUUUGCCUUGGUGAUGGACGUUCUGACGCGUCACAUUCAAGAGGAGGUUCCAUGGUACAUGUUAUUUGCAGAUGAUAUAGUACUAAUUGACGAGGCGCGAAGUGGUGUUAACACGAGGCUGAAGGUUUGGAGACAAACCUUGGAGUCAAAAAGGUUUCAAGAUGAGCAGAAAUAA